AUAAAAGAACCAGCGACGUGAGCAAAAAGUCAGGAAUUUAAAGUAUUGCCAAUUUUAAACGCCAAGUUGAUUUUAGUUUAUUUACUUCUUUACUUCUUUAUUUUUGCAUUCCUGUUAUCAGCGUGUAUCUGCUACGUCCUUAGUUACGUGCGUGCCCGUGUUUUCUUCUCUCAAGAGAUUUCCAAGGAUUGUACGAGCGAUUGUAAACAUGUUUCCUGAGAGCACCACUGGGUACAACUAUGAGGAGUGCCAGGCAACCGCUGACUGGCUUUUGUCUCAGACUGCAGUACGCCCUCUGGUGGGCAUAGUUUGCGGCUCUGGUAUGGGUGGACUGGCUGAUAUGCUGAAGGACCAGGUGGCCUUUAAGUACAGUGACAUCCCAAAUUUCCCACAGAGUACAGUGCAUGGCCAUGCAGGUCGGCUGGUGUUUGGGACUUUAAAGGGGAGGCCGUGUGUCUGCAUGCAGGGAAGGUUUCAUCUCUAUGAGGGAUAUGCCAUCCAGAAGAUCACUAUGCCUAUGCGAAUAUUCAAACUGCUGGGUGUGGAGACGGUGAUUCUUACCAACGCUGCUGGAGGACUCAACCAGGACUUUAAAGUGGGAGACAUCAUGAUCAUCAAAGACCAUCUCAACAUGCCAGGAUUUGCUGGAAAUAAUCCUCUGGCAGGACCCAAUGAAGAGAGGUUUGGUGUGCGUUUUCCCUGCAUGUCUGAUGCAUAUGAUCGGGAGCUUCAGCAGCUAGCGAUGGAUGUGGGUUCAGAGCUCGGUUACAGUGACUUUCUAAAAGAGGGUGUGUACUGUGUUCUCGGCGGACCUUCGUUUGAGACCAUUGCAGAGUGUCGCAUGCUGCACAAACUGGGAGCCGAUGCUGUCGGUAUGAGCACUGUCCACGAGGUGAUCGUAGCACGUCACUGUGGAAUGCGGGUCUUCGCUCUGUCUUUAAUAACUAAUAAGGCUGUGAUGGACUACGACAGCGAGGACAAAGCCAAUCAUGAGGAAGUUCUGCAGACUGGCAAACACAGGGCGGAGCAGCUGGAGAGACUGGUGUCCACUAUACUCACCCGGCUAGAGCACAACAACAAUUACGCCUAAAAUAAGACAAUCCUCAUUUCAUAUGCAACAUCAACCACAGACCAAAGAAUGACAAUUCAUCAUAAAUCGUGAAUGAACAUGACUUAUACGGUUUCACAAAGUGUUGAACAGUAUUACACAAAUCAGUUCAGUUUGGCGAACACUUAUUUGUUAGAUUUGUUCAAUCAUACUUUCCUUUUCUUUCUAUAUCUAAUAUUGUGGCCUUAUUUGUAUGAUAAGUCAUGGUCAACAACAGAGUGCUUAUUUUGUUUUCUUCAAAAGGAUUCAAACAGAAUUAUUAAGUUUGACAUUCCUCAAGAGUGCUAGAAUGUAUAAACUGUAAAUGUAUUAUAUUAACUUAACGCUUAGUAUUCAUGUCUUAAUUUAAAUUGGUUUGGAUUAUCUGUAAAAUGUUGAUUGCUUUAUGGUGUUUGUCAGUACAUGUACUUGAAACUGUUUUUUAACAUUGUUACUAAAAUUGGUUAUUUAUUA